AUGAAGACCAUUACUGAAGAUUCAAGUCAGCUACAUGACGAAGAAGACAACUGGUGUUCAGACGAGAGCUCAGACGGCGAAGGAGUGGUAGAGUUGGGAGAUAAGAGAGGAAUGGCACUAACGCAGUAUAUCAAGUACAACUCCAUAGGGAAUGAGUUUUCACUGUUGAAUGUACUAAUACGAAUUGAGGCCGUAUUCAACAGCGAUGCGGUGAUGUCGAACUUCAGCUGUCUUGGCGAUCACGUCACCGUCGCGUGCCUUAACCUCGGCGAAGCAAUAGCAACGAUCGCUAGCAUGCUCACCGUAAUGCUGAUAAUUAUCCUUGGCAAUCUGCUUGUUGUUGUUACCGUAUAUCGCGACCGUAAGCUUCGCCUACAACGACAAAAUUGGUUGAUAAUUUCGUUGGCGUUGGCUGAUCUAUUAGUGGGAUUGUUGGUGAUGCCACUGACGCUCACCUAUGAAAUCAUAGGCGAAUGGAAAAUGGGUAACGUACUUUGUGAAAUGUGGUUGGCACUCGACGUGCUUUUUGUCACGGCGUCAAUCCUACACAUAUGUGCAAUAUCAUUGGACCGAUACUUCUCGGUGACAUCACCGCUUACAUAUCCUUCAAAACGAACACCAACACGAAUGUUCAUCUAUAUAGGCGUUGCUUGGGUGGUAUCACUGCUAAUCUGUUUGCCGCCGAUCUUUGGCUGGAGACCAGAACGACGCCCAGGUGAAUGCGCCGUCAGCACAGAUGUUGGUUAUGUUCUAUACUCGUCUUUGGGCUCAUUUUAUAUUCCUGUCAUCAUACUGGUACUUGUAUACGCACGAAUCUACAGCAUAACUAUAAAACAUAGUCGUCAGCGUUUGAAGGAAACAGAGCGAAGGGAUCAAACUCUGAGUCUACUCACUGCUAAGCCUGCGAAGAAAGUCGUCGAAUUGGAACUAAUCGAAGAUAAUUCAGAUGGCGAUGAGAAGGAACAUAAUGCUAAUAAGGAGGCAAUCAACCAGGUGUGUUGGCAUUUGAGAAGAAUCUCUGAAGAGCUGCCACACUCAAACGCUUUUCAAAAGAAUGGCUUCGGACAAAAACCGACAGUGGCGCCGAAAACUGAGAAGGACGUGAGUGCGGAAAAACGCCGACGGAAAUUGAAAGCGAAAGAACGUCAGGCGACCAUGCUACUCGGCAUUAUUUUGUCUGCCUUCAUACUGUCAUGGCUUCCAUUCUUUGUGAUGUAUGUAAUUGGAGCAUUUGGAUACGAAGCGCCAGCUGUUGUAUUCAAAUUUUUCUUCUGGCUGGGAUACUGUAACUCUGGUAUCAAUCCUGUUAUCUACACUGUCUUCAACAGAGAAUUCAAGCGAGGUCUAUGUCGCCAACUGCAGAAAUUUGAACGAUAUCUGCGAUCUUUCACGGAUUUCUAUAAAUAG